GGUCGUGAUGGUGUAAUGGUGAUGAUGAUGGUGAUGGUGGUGGUGCUGUUGGUGACAAUGCCUGCAGGAAAUGGGGUGGGGCCCUGGUCUUGGUGCCACAGGACCACAGCUCCUGUGCAGAUGGGGUUCUGUUGGGUGCUGACCUUGGGACCCCACACUCUCCACAGGUACAUCCGCUCGGAGCGUUCUGUCAUCCUCAUCAACUUCUGCCUGUCCAUCAUCUCCUCCAAUGCCCUCAUCCUCAUCGGGCAGACCCAGACCCGCAACAAGGUGGUGUGCACGCUGGUGGCCGCCUUCCUGCACUUCUUCUUCCUGUCCUCCUUCUGCUGGGUGCUCACCGAGGCCUGGCAGUCCUACAUGGCCGUGACGGGCCACCUCCGGAACCGCCUCAUCCGCAAGCGCUUCCUCUGCCUGGGCUGGGGGCUCCCUGCACUGGUUGUGGCCAUUUCCGUGGGAUUCACCAAGGCCAAAGGGUACAGCACCAUGAACUACUGCUGGCUCUCCCUGGAGGGAGGACUGCUCUAUGCCUUCGUGGGACCGGCUGCUGCCGUUGUGCUGGUGAACAUGGUCAUUGGGAUCCUGGUGUUCAACAAGCUCGUGUCCAAAGACGGCAUCACGGACAAGAAGCUAAAGGAGCGGGCAGGGGCCUCCCUGUGGAGCUCCUGCGUGGUGCUGCCGCUGCUGGCUCUGACCUGGAUGUCGGCCGUGCUCGCCGUCACCGACCGCCGCUCCGCCCUCUUCCAGAUCCUCUUCGCUGUCUUCGACUCGCUGGAGGGCUUCGUCAUCGUCAUGGUGCACUGUAUCCUCCGUAGAGAGGUCCAGGACGCUGUGAAAUGCCGUGUGGUUGACCGGCAGGAGGAGGGCAACGGGGACUCAGGAGGCUCCUUCCAGAACGGCCACGCACAGCUCAUGACCGACUUCGAGAAGGACGUGGAUCUGGCCUGUAGAUCAGUGCUAAACAAGGACAUCGCGGCCUGCCGUACAGCCACCAUCACGGGCACACUGAAGCGGCCGUCUCUGCCCGAGGAGGAGAAGCUGAAGCUGGCCCAUGCCAAGGGGCCGCCCACCAAUUUCAACAGCCUGCCGGCCAACGUGUCCAAGCUGCACCUGCACGGCUCACCGCGCUAUCCCGGCGGGCCCCUGCCCGACUUCCCUAACCACUCACUGACCCUCAAGAGGGACAAGGCGCCCAAGUCCUCCUUCGUCGGUGACGGGGACAUCUUCAAGAAGCUGGACUCGGAGCUGAGCCGGGCCCAGGAGAAGGCUCUGGACACGAGCUAUGUGAUCUUACCCACGGCCACGGCCACGCUGCGGCCCAAGCCCAAGGAGGAGCCCAAGUACAGCAUCCACAUUGACCAGAUGCCGCAGACCCGCCUCAUCCACCUGAGCACCGCACCCGAGGCCAGCCUCCCUGCCCGCAGCCCGCCCUCCCGCCAGGCCCCCAGUGGCGGGCCCCCUGAGGCGCCCCCUGCCCCAGCCCCCCCCGCCCCCCCCCCCCCCCCCCCACCCCCCCAGCAACCCCUGCCCCCACCACCCAGUCUGGAGCCAGCACCCCCCAGCCUGGGGGAGCCCGGGGAGCCUGCGGCCCAUCCGGGACCCAGCACGGGGCCCAGCACCAAGAACGAGAAUGUCGCCACCUUGUCUGUGAGCUCCCUGGAGCGGCGGAAGUCGCGGUAUGCAGAACUGGACUUUGAGAAGAUCAUGCACACCCGGAAACGGCACCAAGACAUGUUCCAGGACCUGAACCGGAAGCUGCAGCACGCAGCGGAGAAGGACAAGGAGGUGCUGGGCCCGGACAGCAAGCAGCCAGAAAAGCAGCAGACGCCCAACAAGAGGCCCUGGGAGAGCCUCCGGAAAGCCCACGGGACGCCCACGUGGGUGAAGAAGGAGCUGGAGCCGCUGCAGCCGUCGCCGCUGGAGCUUCGCAGCGUGGAGUGGGAGAGGUCGGGCGCCACAAUCCCGCUGGUGGGCCAGGACAUCAUCGACCUCCAGACCGAGGUCUGAGCGGGUGGGCGGCGGCCACGCACUGCGCCAUGGAGGAGGGAUGCUGCUCCGCCCGCUCCUGCCGCAGACGGGCACAGACACGCUCGCGGGCGGCGGGCCAGGCCCGCGCCCCGGCCUCAGGGCGCUCAGACGGCGGCCAGGCACAGGGCCCGCAGUGCUGGGACCAGAGCCAGAUGCAGGACAGGAGGCAGCCCGGCCAGCGGGCACAGGGCACCAGAGGCUGAAGGUGCCUCAGACUCUGCCCUCCUCGGGCCGAGGCCCGACGGGCAGAUGGGCAGACGGCUGUGGACCGUGGACAGGCCCAGUGCGGCCAGCGUCCCAGGGUGCCCACCUGAGCUCCUGCUGCGGAGGACCAGCCUGCUUGGCCCGGCCGGCCUGGCACCGUUUUUUAAACACCCCCAUCCCUUGGGAAGCAGCCAGCCCCCCACACCUUCCAGGGCCCUGGGCCCCUCCUAGACCCAGGUGGAGAGCACAGCCCUCCGACCGUCACGGCCCCCAGGGGCAGGACUGAGCCCCCUCCAGGAAGAAGCAGGGGGGAAUCUAUUUUUUCUCUCCUUUUCUUUUCUUCAAUAAAAAGAAUUAAAAACCCAU